AUGCCAUUUUCAGGAACAAAAAAGAGCCCAUUGAUUUCUGUGCCUUUUCUUAAAAAACGAUUACGACGUAUAACUGCAUUGGGUCUAUAUAAUUUAACAGUAAAUGAAUUUUAUUUUAGUCUGCAUUUUACAUUACAUAGAAAUGAAAAAACUGUUGCUUUUUAUACAAGUGAAUCAGUUGUGAAUCAACGUAGCCCAGAAUGGUUUUAUUUACAAUUUCCAACAAAUGUGCAAUGUUUACAAGAAUUUAUCAUGCGUGUAUGGAUAACAUCCGGAGAUCAUUCUCGUUUAUUUCUUGAAUAUGAUAUUCAUCUUAAUGAUUCUCUUGUUCCUGACGAACAGAAAAACAAAGUGAAUAAAGAUAAUAAUAGUCUUUGGCUUGAAAUGUUCGGUUAUCGAUUCACCGAUAACGACGAGGAAAUUAAUGUUCAAGAGAAUGAUGAAGAAACAAUAUCAAUAGAUAAGAAAAAACGUAUUUCAUUAGCUAAAUCAUAUAGUAAACUGAGUAUCAUACGUAUGAACAAUGUUAUUCAUGCUAUUCGUAGUGAAAAACAAGCAUCUUUAGUAUACCUUCAAAGAAUACAAACAUUUGUCGAUGAAAAUAAAGAUUAUUUAACAAAAAUAAAAGAACGUGAAUCGCGUGAAUUAUAUAUUGAAAAUCUAAAAAACUAUUUGCAAUAUCAAACAUAUUUGUAUCAACAACGUUUGAAUGCGUAUCACCAAAGACAGAAGCAUAUUGCAGAGCGAAGAAGUCACUUAAAUCACAAUCUAGCACAAUUACUUCAUCAACAAGAAGAUUUUCGUUUAUAUACUAAUAAUCUAGAUCAAUUGAGAUCUAUUCUUCGUAAUUUAACGCAAAUAAUCUCUUACCGACAAAAAGAAAUCAUGAAUGAUAUCUAUCGUUAUAUUUAUCCAAUUCAUCAUGAUAAUCAAUUGGAAUAUUACAUAGCUAAUUGUAGAUUACCACAAGCCGAUGAUAAAAUUUAUCAAUCUCCAUCAAAUCGAGAACACGAUAAUGAAAUAGCAGCAGCUAUGGGAAACUGUUCGCAUUUAAUUCUUAUCAUUUCGCAAGUUAUUCAACUACCAUUAAGAUUUCCUAUUCAUUAUCACGGAGCAUCAGCACCUAAAAUAUAUGACUAUACUUUAGAAAUUAAUGAAUUUCCUCUCUAUCCGACAACGACUCUCAGUGAUUUUCGAUACGGUUUCUAUUUGCUCAAUCGUAAUAUUGGUCAAAUAAUAUAUCACUGCCAACUGAACAAUCAGAAUAUAGAUUUUCGUAAUACAUUAGAAAAUUUAAAAGAAUUAAUUGAAGAAUAUUUUAUUAAAUCCAAUACUAAUAAUCAAAUUCCAUUGUAUCCUUCCAUUCAAACAACCAAGUCCAUGGAUAAUGAUGACGAUGAAGCUUUCAUUUUCAAUAAGCAAACUUCUGAUGUUUCAUCUUCAUUUUUAUCGUCAUGUUCGUCAACAUCAUCUCUUAUCGAGAAUGUUGAUUAUGAUCAAAUUGAUGAUUUAGAAUUCCUUUCAGAAUUGAAAACAAAUAAACCUCGAUUAGCCAUGCAGAUUUCACAUCAAUAA